AAACAGGUGGAAGUAUAAAGACAAGCAGUCAGUGUUUGUGGCAGAGCAAGUUAGAGACAGGGGAGACACAUGCUGACAUUACAUCCGUUAAUAGAAAGCCUGAAAGAGAAAUAAGGUAGCAGCUAUGCUAGUCCUGUGUGUUGCUGCGGUUCUAGGUCUUCUCUCAGCAGGUCAAGCUGCUCCUCUGACCUGUGAGGCCCUGGUGAAACCUCUAGAGAACACCAGCUUGGAGAUGCUGCUGGGAAAGUGGAUGCUUAUCGGGGAUAGCUCUACUGUCCCAGGGGCAAACACUGCGGGCAAGAUGCUGCUUCACAACGUAUGGGUAGAAGUCACACCCACAUCUGAUAGCAACACAGUUACCUCAGUGCAGAUCCAGAAGAUCCUUAACCGGUGCCAAAGUAUCCGCAUAAACAUCACCUUAGAAAACAAUGCUUUACAAAUAGUGAAGCCUCUAAGGAUGACUGGGGUCGUACUGAACACCGACUGUCCUGACUGUAUUGUCAUCCAUUCAAAGUAUAACUUGGCAGGACAGACCCUCCAGGGUCUCAUGGUCAUGAGUAAGAGACGAGAGGUUACGUCUGAUGAACUGGACAGCUUUAAGAAGCAAGUGGAAUGUCUCAGUCUUCCUCCACCACUGAUACUCGGAUCUCUAAGUGAUCUUUGCCCUCAUCCAGAUUCUCCAACUGACGGGCAACUGACUGCAGACAUUACAGAGGCCUUUGAAGGUGAACAGAGACAAGAAAUAUUCAAGCUGCUGGAUAAAAUCAUGAGUAUUCCAGGGGGUAUGGUUGGAUUUAUGGAGAGAAUUACCUCAAGUCUGCGCCAAAACAGCUAGAAGUAAACCAGAAAAAGACCUUCAAUACAAUUGCAGGCUAUUUUGUCUUAGACACAAGGCUGAACCCUAUGGCAUAUGUGAUUUUGUAAUCUGUGACUAAACAAUGAAAACCUGUAGAAGAAAUAAAAAAGCUAAGUCAUUAAGAGAUAAGGUUUCCUAGUUGCAACUCAAAUCAGGUUAAGAGUUCAUAUGUGUUUUUGCCGUUCAUGGUCAGGUGGCCAACAUGUAAACAUCAGCAAUGGUGGCUUGAGUAAAUGUUCCAAAACAUAUCUUACAGCAUCAAUUUCAGGCUCCCCAUCUGAAUAUAAAUUUGCAAUAAUUUUCUUGAGAUCGAUUAAUAAAUAGUGGUUCACGACACAAAGUGCUUUAGAAAGGGCU